AUGGCAUGGAGAAAUCAGCCAAAUACUUGCGCUUCUCCAUGUCCACGUGCAGUCCCCUCGACAAGUGCGUCUCGGAUGCUGGAAUCAUAUGAAAUAUCCGAUGAUUUACAACGUCGCCAUAUUCAGGUAAAUAAAAUGGCUGGUUUUGAAUAUUUAUAGGCUUUGGAAAGGAAAUAUGGAGGAAAGUUGAGAGCCCAUUCCGCUGCCACCAAGAUCCAAAGGGCCUUUCGUCUGUAUCGUCUGCAUAAACAGUUCCGAUCAGUGGUGACACGGGAAUCAAAUCUGCCCUCCGAGUUCUCACCUAGGUCAUUGGAAACCGAAUUUCUGUAUGGGAAGUCGAUGAACGAUGCCUUUCCACUGGUUCGAGGAACGGCCACGGUCUCCCAGCCGGUUCUAAAGUAAGUUCGGUUUGUUUUUGUUGCCCUAGUUUAGGUAUGCACGACGUAACUGAGCUUUUGAGACAACCUGUAAUAAAUCAACAUUCGCGGUGUUUUUAGGUAUCAGGCAGCUAAUUCUCUCCGCGCCCAGUUAUUUGUCGAACGAUCAGUAAUAUCACCACGCAAGAAUUCCACACCGCUAGCAGAAAACAUGAUUCAGAACUCAGGAAAUGGGAGUAGUUCGUCCCGAGGCUUUGCAGAGCUGAUGUCGCCACGUCUCAGUCAGCGACACGCCUUCGGAUCGCCGUAUGGCAGCAAUGUUUAUUCGAAUUCGAUGUCGCCAUCUGUUUGGGUGCCCCAGCGCGGGAAGAAGACCGAUUUGAGGAGUCCGUCGCCUUGCUCCCGAGUUCAAGAUCCUCCAUUUUCCUUGAGCGACGGCCACGCCAAUCUGAACCACACGAAUAGCCUGCCACGCCUGGACGGGGCCCGCAAAUUUAAGUCGAAUCUGGAUUGUCGGCCAGGGUAAGAAGGGCUUAUUAAAUGGUGGGUGCGCGGCUUUUUCGAUCCGCGAGGUUUCCCUUCCGGUGGCCGAAUAACUGAAAGGAAUGGCAGGGGUCGCCCUUAUUUAUUUACUGAUGUUCUGAUGAUUUUUCUCGUCUUUUUAUCUCUGGGUGUGCGUUCAGAACCCAAUCCCAUUUCGUUUGAAGCGCCGUUUUAUCAGUGGAUCUACACAAAAACCGUGUUGGCACUAAGUUAAAUGAUUUUAAAGACAACGUUUACUUCUAAUUAUUUUUUUUGGUCCCAAUUUAUACCAGAAAUGUCAGAGAGCUUUUUUUUCGAUAGUUUCUAAGUAUGCCUUUUCGUUAUGAAAUCAAAAUAACUCUUUUUUAUUAUUCGGUGGGUCUCUUAUAUCACAAAUUUCUCAUCGCCGGUCUUGCUCCCCUGAUCCCUCCGAUUUCCCGUAAUAUUUAUUUAUUUUCAGUAUGCCAAGCAACGGGGAUAUUACCCAGUUUAAACAGACAUCGGGCGGCUCUGUUCUCUGUUCUCAGAACGCGUCGGUCUCGCUGAAUGUGAAUGCUGAAACUUCGUAUUCGAUAAGGUCAACCAAAGAAAGUGAUCUGCAUCGUCGUCGACUCUACAGAAUCGCUCUUAACUUCUUUAACAAAAAGCCGGAUAGAGGGAUCCGACUGCUUAUCGAUUGGGGAUUUGUCGAUGAAAACCCGAAUGCCAUAGCUAAGCUAUUUUUGAGUCGGCGAGGACUGGGAAAACAGAUGAUCGGCGAGUUUUUGGGCACGCUAAGAUCAACUUUCCACGCGCAGAUCCUAGAAGAUGUCCUAUCGCAGAUAUCUAUGCAUAAUGUGGAGGUGGAUUCGGCUUUGAGAGAGAUGCUGCAUUACUUCCGACUUCCAAGCGAAGCACAGAAGAUCGACUACGUCAUGCAGGUAAGGAAACUGGUCAGCUUUCGUAUUGCGCAAAGCGUUACGUAAAGCGUUUGUAUGAAUGUGUCGAUCAUUAAGCCGUUUUGAAGAGGGGGACUUGAAUUGAUCGCAUGAGGGGAGUAUUAUUUGUGAAGAGUCGGGUUAACAGUCUGAUAAGAGGAUUUCCUCGUAAGAACAAGCGAGUAGUAAGGAAAUAAUUUUUGCAGGCCUUUGCACGUCGAUAUAAACAAUGCAAUGCCGGCAGAUUACCUCCAGAGAUCACAACCGAUGCCAUAUACAUCUUGGCUUUUGCUACCAUUAUGUUGAAUACAGAUUUGCAUUCUCCCUCGAUGAAAGAAAGCAAGAAAAUGACCGUUGACGAAUUUGUUCGGAAUACUUGGAGAGCUGACGACAGUAAAAUGUUUGAGAGGUAAUCCUUUUUAUACCUUUAUUGCCACUUUUUUUGUUUUAAUUAUUUUUUUAUGUUCAGAGAAAUGCUAGUCGGAAUCUAUGACCGGGUUAAGGAGAAUGAAAUCAGAUCCGGCAGUGAUCAUGUUGGCCAAGUACUCAAAGUCGAUCAGAGUAUUGUUGGAAAAGACAAGCCCCUGUUGGUAGAACAACACCGACGUCUGAUAUGUUAUUGCCGACUGAAUCAGAUAGCCGAUCCCAACAAGAAACAGGCCAUUACUGCCCAUCAACGCGAGAUCUUCUUGUUUAACGACGUCGUGUUGAUCACGAAGAAUGUGAAUAAAAAGAAGACCAGUACGCAAUAUGUUCUCAGACUGUGGAGUCCACUAAUUGGAGCGACGAUUCAACCAUUCGAGAAUCAGUAUUACUCUUAUGGAUUGAAGUUUUCUCUGCCAGGGAGUCCAGUGUUGUAUUUCAAUGCUAAGAAUGGAGAUGACAGGUGAAUAAUUGAAACCUAAAUUACUCUAAAUUUAGGUGCAAAUUUAUGGCUGAUGUCAAAGAGUCUGUCGCCGAAUCCACUGAAAUGGAACAACUCAGACUAAAAUUUGAGUUGGACAAGCAAAGAGAUGGCGAUCAGAGAGCUUCGAUGAAUCAUCUACACAGAACUGACAGCCAAAGGGAUUCGGGACUUCCAGAUCUUGAUCAAAGUUCUCCACUGAUGAGUCGAAACUCAGAUUCUUCCUUUCGGAACGUCGGGCUUUCGUCGACCUCUUCAACCGAAUACAAUACCCCUCAGAAAUGUUCGCAACAGCCAAGUUAUUCUUCUGCCGCUGGUCCCCGAACUCCGAUUCAUGUAGUACAAUCUCCAACUGGGGUUGCCCCUUUAGCCCCAAAUGGACGCCGUCUUAGCUUCAAUUCUCUGGAUUCGGGCAUGGUGGAGGAGAACAAUGAAUUCUCCAUCUAG